AUGGCUCCCGACACAAGCACAAAGCCUAACCAACGCAAACGUCGCAGUGCAGACUCGACACCACCACCACCGCGGCGACAACGGCCGCUUCUUCCGGGAUCGCCAAGGGCAAGACGGGAUGCCCACGGUAACAUUACAAAUGCAGCUUACCUGAGUGAGGCCACACUCGCGCGCGAGCAGGGGCUGAAUAGGCCUCAGGUUCUGCCAACCAACGCGGCUCCUGGUUCUCCUGGUCCUAGCCCAGCUUUUCGACAACAGUUGGCCGCCAUCCAUACGCGAAGAGAGCAUGUGGACCAACCACAUGUAGCGACCAACGUGCAGUAUGGUCGUAGGUCGGCGCCGCAGAAUAGCGUGCGCAGCCAGCGCUAUGCUCCAUAUCCGCUUGCACCUCCAAACUAUCAGGCUGCCCGUCCCGGAGCAGGAUAUGCGCCGCCUGCUGUUACGGCACCAGCCUCGCGUCUGAAUUUCAUACAGCCGCAGCAGCAAUAUCAGCAAUACCAGCAUUAUCCGCAACAACAAUUUGGUAACUUCUUCCCUGAUGCGGAUCUGAUGAGAUUUCCUUCGAACUCGAGUCAGGCUACUUUGGGCCAUGGCCCUUCGAAUGCUAUGGGGCAUCAGCCUUCAGGGAAUGGCUUCCAGGAAAAUGCCUUGCGAGCUGAGGACUUUGAGUCAGCCGGACUGAACUUGGAUGCAGUUCAGAAUGAGGAAUACGAUGAGAAUGCCGGGGAAGUCCAAUUCCUGUCUGACUUUUCGGAAUUCCAAAACUUCUUGUUGGGUCCAUCCGGGGUGGUGGCUCCUCUUGAACCGUCGGAUGGGUCGUACAGCCUCGAUCAGAUGGCUUCACGUCCGAUCUUCCAUCGGUAUCCCGCUCCUGCUCCUGCUCCUGCUCCCGGUUACCAGCAACCCCUCCCGGAACCUACCUUUACCGGCUACAAUGCCCCUGGGGCUUACCAAAGUCCAUAUGCGCCGAUCAUGUAUGCUCCACAGCCUGCGCAUUUCCAUCCGCAACAGCGACCGGGACCGAUGUACGCGCCAGGCCCCGUCAACAACGUCGUCAUACCGCAGCCAGGCACGAUGUAUGCGCAGAACUUCGUCAAUAAUUUCCCGCUACAACAGCAUCAACCCACCAUGUAUACGCAACCAUACCCGCGACAACAGCCGACCGCGCAACAACCCCAGGUCAGCUCCAACUACCCUCUUACCGCCUACAACCCACCAGCGGCCUACACAGGACCUUCCUCGCGACAGCCAGGGAACUACAACGGCAGCACCGGGCAGGCGCAACAGUUGGAUGCGGUAUCCGGGAGACGACGGUCAAGCUUGUACCUUACCACCGAGGAGUGGGUUGAGGCGCAACGAAGGCAGCAUCCUUCCGGUGAAUAA